AUGGACGCCGCGCUCGCCUGGUCCAGGCAGGACUGGGAGAGGCAGGAGGCGGAGCAGCAGAGGCGUUUGCUGGACCUUGCGGCCGCGCGGCGCCACGCCGUCCGCACCACACCAACCACACUGACCGCACCCGUCGCACCCGUGCCGCUCAUCAAGCUCGAGGAGAGCAGCGACGACGAGUUGUAUCGGCCGACGCCGCCACACGGCGAACCUGGCCAGGGUUCAAGCCGUUGGUACGGAGACGCCAGCCAGAGCAGCCAGCAGGCGCCGCCGCCUGAGGGCGCCGACCACGCCGUCGCCAGACCACUCCCCCUCGCCGUCGCCAGACCACGCCGUCGUCACCCGCCGCUCCCCCUCGCCUCGCCUCCCUCCCGCGCCACAACGCCGGCAUCCCCUCCUCCGGCCGGCAGCGCCUCACCGCGCCACAACGGCCGGCGCCAACCCGAGGUGAGCUCCCGAUCCCUCGCCGCCCUCCCUCGCCUCGCCUCCCUCGCCGCCGCGCGCCUCGCCGGGAGGAGCCGCGCGCGCGUCGACUGCCGGCAGGCGCCGGCGGCGCCCUCCCUCACGCACGCGGGCAAGCCGUUCGACGAAAUGCCCGGCCGCCGCGCGCCCUCGAUCCCCGCCCGGCCGCCGCGCGCCUUCCCAUGCCUGGCCGCCGCGCGCCUCCCCUGCCCGGCCGCCGCGCGCCCCUCCCAUGCCUGGCCGCCGCGCGCCCUCCCUGCCCGGCCGCCGCGCCGGCAGGCCACCCCGCGCACGCCGCCCCCAAGCAGGUCGCCUCCAAUCACGUCGCGCACGGGAGGCUGCCCUCGCGCUCGCCGCCCCCAAGCACGCUGCCCGGCCGCCGCACAUGCUGCAAGUAGCCCCCAAUCACGCCGCCUCGCACCGCCUCGCGCACGGAAAGAGUUUGUACAUAUUGGUAAUUUUGUUGUUGAUUGA